UAUUUUACCAAACAUUUUACUAAAAUACAAUAUUUUUGUUUUAGAAUAAGAGAAAAUGGCCUUCGCACAAAAAGGAAAAUUAAUGGCAGUAAUUGGUGAUGAAGACACCGUUGUUGGUUUUUUGCUUGGGGGAAUUGGGCAAAUAAAUAAGGCACGCAAAUCAAAUUUUCUUAUUGUGGAUAAAAAUACACACGUUUCAGAAAUUGAGGAAGCAUUUCGAAGUUUUUGUUCUCGUGACGAUAUUGCAAUUAUUCUAAUAAAUCAACACAUUGCCGAAAUGAUUCGUUACCAAGUUGAUCAACACAUUGCUAGCAUUCCUACAGUUUUGGAAAUUCCAUCGAAGGAAAUGCCGUAUGAUGCUUCUAAGGAUAGUAUAUUAAAUCGAGCACGUGGUCUAAUCAACCCUGAUGACCUUAAAUAAAGAGGAAAGUUCCAGGGAAAAAUUGGAAGGAUAAAAAUAGAAUAAAUACAUUUAGUAUUCACUUUUAAUUUUUUAAUUAA